AGAGAUGCCGCCAAGAUGCCUGAGAGCGCCUGGAAGUUUCUCUUCUAUCUGGGCUCCUGGAGCUACAGCGCCUACCUGCUCUUCGGCACCGACUACCCCUUCUUUCACGACCCACCCUCUGUCUUCUACGACUGGACACCGGGCAUGGCCGUGCCGCGGGACAUCGCAGCCGCCUACCUGCUGCAAGGAAGCUUUUACGGCCACUCCAUCUAUGCCACACUGUACAUGGACGCCUGGCGCAAGGACUCGGUGGUCAUGCUCAUCCACCACGUGGUCACCCUGGUCCUCAUCGUCUCCUCCUAUGCCUUCCGGUACCACAAUGUGGGCAUCCUCGUGCUCUUCCUGCAUGACAUUAGCGACGUGCAGCUGGAAUUCACCAAGCUCAAUGUCUACUUCAAGUCCCGCGGCGGCUCCCAUCACAGGCUCCACGCUCUGGCGGCCGACCUGGGCUGCCUCAGCUUCAGCCUCAGCUGGUUCUGGUUCCGCCUCUACUGGUUCCCGCUCAAGGUUCUGUACGCCACGUGCCACAGCAGCCUGCGCUCCGUGCCUGACAUCCCCUUCUACUUCUUCUUCAACGCUCUCCUUCUGUUGCUCACCCUCAUGAACCUCUACUGGUUCCUGUACAUCGUGGCUUUUGCUGCCAAGGUGCUGACAGGCCAGGUACGCGAACUGAAGGACGUGCGGGAAUACGACGCGGCAGAGGCCCAGAGCCCCAAGCCCAGCAAAGCUGAGAAGCCGCUGAGGAACGGCCUGGUGAAAGACAAGCGCUUCUAA